AGGAAAGGCUGGGCAAGACUUUGGCCAAAUAGGCAUCACUCAGAUUUCUUCCUUCCAUUCCACCGAAAGUCCAGCUGAACAUGGCUCCAUGGUUAGGUGUCCUCCUUAGCCUCAACACAACAGUGUUGUUGUGUAUACUGUUGUUAAUACUUAUGUUCUUAGCUUUGAGCAGCCCUGGAAAAUCAUCCCUGCGCUUUCCUCCAGGUCCUCGUCCACUUCCCAUUAUUGGAAAUUUGCACUUGCUAGAUAUUAGAAGACAAGACCUGUCGUAUAUGAAGAUUUCAGAAGAAUAUGGCCCAGUCUUCUCGUUGUUUUUCGGCUCCCAAAGGGUUGUGGUGGUGACUGGUUAUGAAGCUGUGACAGAGGCCCUCAUGAGCAAAGGCAGUGAAUUUGUGGACAGGCCUGUCGUCCCUGUAUUCCACCACAUGAAUCAUGAGAAUGGCUUAUUCUUUUCCGUUGGGGACCUGUGGAAGACCACCCGUCGAUUCACCUUGUCAAGUCUGCGGGAGCUUGGGAUGGGCAAAACCCGGCUAGAGAGGAGGAUCCAUGAAGAGCUGCCCUUCCUGAUGGAGAAGAUCAGGGCCUUCAAAGGUGAAGCUUUUGAUUUACUGGAAUUCUCUGGUGCUGCAACAAACGUUGCAUUCACCUUAUUCUUUGGAGACAGAUUUGAUUAUGCUGACCCUAUUUUCAACAUCUUCCUGAGAAACAUCCAUGAAAUCAUUGGGCUUUUGGGAGUUCCACACUUGCAGAUUUAUAAUGUCUACCCGUAUCUUGGAUUCCUUUUCAAACCACACAAGACAAUCUUGAAAAGAAGUCAUGAAACUUUUGCCGUUCUGAAGAAAUUUGUCCGAAUGGGCAAACAGAACAUCAAUGAGAACCACUUGGAGAGUUACGUUGACAAGGUGGUCUUUCAACAACAAGAAGAGGAAAAACACAAAGAAAAGAAUACGUUCUAUGACGACAAUAUAUUAUCAUCAUUACUUGACCUCGUCAUAGCUGGGACAGAGACGACAGCAACCACGAUUCGGUGGGCCAUCGUGCUGAUGAUGAAAUACCCCGAUAUUCAGAAAAAAGUCCAGGAGGAAAUCCACGGAGUCCUUGGAACAGAGCGUUUGCCCACUUACGAAGAUCGGAAACAGCUGCCCUUUACUGAGGCGGUAAUCCAUGAGAUACAGAGGUUUGCCUCUGUUGUGCCUCAGUUUCCACGGAGCACUGCUGUGGAUACACACUUCCGUGGCUAUUUCAUUCCUAAGGGUACAAUGGUGAUCCCUUCUCUUACCUCCGUGUUGUAUGACAAAACUCAGUGGGAGACUCCUUUCCGGUUUAACCCCAACCACUUUCUGGAUGACAAGGGGAAUUACGUGAAGAAAGAAGCGUUCAUUCCUUUCUCAAUAGGCCGAAGGAAUUGCCCUGGAGAGGCCGUGGGCCGGAUGGAGGUCUUCCUAUUCUUUGCUGGGUUGCUCCAGAAGUUUACCUUCCGACCCCCUCAUGGAGUCACAGAGGCUGACCUGGAUCUCAGCUAUGUGAGUGCUUUCACACGCCGGCCCCAGUCUUACUCUACCCGUGCUGUGCCCUGCACAUAGGAGAGGCGAUGCGACAAGAAGCAUUCCAUUGACUUUCUUACACACUUUGAAGACCCGACUGGUCCCUGCCCUGAUACGAAAGUCCCUUUCUGCCCAAAGAGCAGGGCUUCAUCCACCAACCAAGCCACGUCCACUGGGUUCUUUCUAUGUCCUUGUGUCUCGUUAUGGAACAACAGACUCCAGUCAGCAGAGGAAGCAAAUACUCUGUGGCCAUUUUUUUCUCCCUACCCGCCUGAAACACCUACAUGCCAACGUUGUUUCCUUUAACUUCCUCCGCAACCUAUUUUUCUGUGAAGCCUUUGGCAUGACUUCUGAGGCCACCUUUCCCAUGAUGUUGAACUCUGUGUCUGGGCAGUGCUAUUUCAGGCUGCUCCUGGGGGGGGCCCUAUGAUUGAAUCCUUCUUGGUACGAAUGUGUAUUCUUAAGGAGCCUCAUGGCACAGUGGUUAAACUGCAGUACUGCAGCCAAGCCUCUGCUCACAAACUGGAUUCAAUCCCAG